AUGCCUAAUCUUGAAAAACUGAAGCUAAGGUUCAAUGUUGGUCUCAGUCUGCAAAGAGUGGGUCUGCAUGGCAAUAACCUUAUCAACAUUGAGCACUUGUCAAGGCUUAAGGAGAUAUAUGCAAAAGUGGAGAGUGAAGGUUCUGUUGAUGCAGGACUGAUGACAAAAGAUGAUAUUAUCUUGGAAGAAAAUCCAGACAGCAUAACUGAGGAUGAGGUCAGACAGAAGGAUGAGAAGAAACAAGUGGAUGAUCACAGAGAAUUGUCCAGCUCACAACGUGUGACAACUGAUGCUAUCAGCAAAGCAUUCAAGGCCACUGAAGAAGGGUUCAUUGAGCUUGUGUCUCGCCAAUGGAAAACUGAUCCACAAAUUGCAACUGUUGGGGCAUGCUGCCUUGUUGGUGCUGUGCAACAAAAAACACUAUUCAUAGCCAACCUUGGAAACUCUCGGGCUGUUCUUGGAAAGGUCAGUUGCAUUGGGCAGAUUGUUGCUGAACAGCUCUCUAGUGAGCACAUUGCCAAUGAUGCAUGGAAAGCAAAGGGCCUCGUGCAGGUGUUGAGAGCGAUAGGUGAUGCAUACUUGAAAUACCCACAGUAUAGCAGGGAACCACUCAACAAACCAAUACUAAGUGCCAAUCCAUCUAUUGUUUCACGCGUUCUUCGACCAAGUGACCGCUUCAUCAUAUUUGGCUCAGCUGUUCUAUGGGAAUAUCUGUCCAAUCAGGAAGCUGUUGAGAUUGUUAAAAACCAUCAAGCUUCUGGAAGUGCCAAAAUGCUAGUAAAAGCAGCUCUUCAUGCAGCAGCCAAAAAGCACAACUUGCAUUACUCAGAUCUCUUGAAGAUGGACAGGGAUAAUCCUAGGCAUGUCCAUGAGGAUGAUGAAUCUGAUUGA